CACAUUGCUGCGGGGAGGAGACCAGGAAUCUGUCCAGAAAACUCUGCAUUCCCUCACCUCCCCACCCCCGCCCCGUCGUUCUCAGCGGGAGUCAGCCCAGACUGAUUACUUUAGGAAAUGCCCCGCGGCUGAAACUCUAGGGCGAAUUGAUUCCAGUUUGUUUUGCCUCCGGUAACUCUGGAGUCUUGGCAUCUCCACACCUACCGUGUGUAGGGAGAGGGGGCGGCAUGAUUGGGUGCCAAGAAGGAUGGGGACAGAGAUGCCUUCCAGACUCAUCCCCCUCUCCUCCUUUCUGGGCAGCCAGGAAGGAAGCCGGGUGAGGGGGGGCAGCCUUCCAGGACCUGAGCCACUGAGAGCCCAAGCUCAGAAGGGAAUACCUUCCUCAGGAGAUACUCCCUGCACUUUAGGCUUCCAGCCCCCAGCCUCAGGUCCCUGCAACCAAGAGCCUCUUUCUUGCUCCCUUACUCCUCCAGUUGGCUCAGAUGGGUGUUACUGAUGUCAAGAUGCUGAGUGCCUACUCCCAUGUGGCAGAGGACCAGGGGGGUCUUUUCCAAGUAGCAGGUGCCGUGGGGCCAGGUGCCACCGGCCGUUGUCCAGGCGGGUGUGUGCCAGCCAAGGAAGCAUGAGGACGCUGGAAGACUCCUCCGGGACAGUCCUGCACCGCCUCAUUCAGGAGCAGCUGCGCUAUGGCAACCUGACUGAGACGCGCACCCUGCUGGCCAUCCAACAGCAGGCCCUGCGGGGUGGGGCCGGGGCCGGGGGCACAGGGAGCCCCCAAGCCUCCGCGGAGAUCUUGGCACCCGAGGACACUCAGGUGCUGCAACAAGCCACAAGGCAGGAACCCCAGGGCCAGGAGCACCAGGGCGGUGAGACCCACCUGGCAGAGAACACCCUCUACCGGCUGUGCCCACAGCCCAGCAAGGGUGAGGAGCUGCCCACCUAUGAAGAGGCGAAGGCCCACUCACAGUACUAUGCGGCCCAGCAGGUGGGGCCCCGGCCACAUGUGGGGGACCGGGAUCCCCGAGGGGCCCCAGGAGGCCAUCGGAGUCAGGAUGAGGCCUUGCGGGAGCUGCGCCAUGGGCAUGUGCGCUCCCUGAGUGAACGGCUCCUGCAGCUGUCCCUGGAGAGGAACGGUGCCCGAGCCCCCAGCCACAUGAGCUCCUCCCACAGCUUCCCGCAGCUGGCCCGCAAUCAGCAGGGCCCCGCAUCCAGGGGCCCCCACACCGAGGGCCCAGAGCCCCGUGGACCUCCGCCUCAGUACCCACACGUUAUGCUAGCUCAUGAGGCCGCCACCGCUGUCACCGACCCACGAUACCGCACCCGCGGGAGCCCACACUUCCAGCAUGCCGAAGUCAGGAUCCUGCAGGCCCAGGUGCCUCCUGUGUUCCUCCAGCAGCAACAGCAGUACCAGUACUUACAGGCGCCCCAGGAGCAGCCCCUGCCGCCACACCCAGCGGCCCUCAGCCACGGCCCCCUCGGCUCCCUCAGUGCACCUGAGGGGGAGGGGCCAGCGAGCACCCCGGCCGCCGCCGCCGCCUCCUCGGGCGGUGCCCACCUGGCCCAGGUGGAGACUGUGCUGAGGGAGAAUGCCAGGCUGCAGAGGGACAACGAGAGGCUACAGAGGGAGCUGGAGAGCUCAGCAGAGAAGGCCGGCCGCAUGGAGAAGCUGGAAAGUGAAAUCCAGAGGCUCUCUGAGGCCCACGAGAGCCUGACGAGAGCCUCUUCCAAGCGGGAGGCCCUGGAGAAGACCAUGCGGAACAAAAUGGACAGUGAAAUGAGGAGGCUGCAGGACUUCAACAGGGAUCUUAGAGAGAGAUUGGAAUCUGCCAACCGCCGUCUGGCAACCAAGACCCAGGAGGCCCAGGCAGGAAGUCAGGACAUGGUGGCCAAGCUGCUUGCUCAGAGCUACGAGCAACAGCAGGAGCAGGAGAAGCUGGAGCGGGAGACGGCCCUGCUGCGCGGCGCCAUCGAGGACCAGCGGAGGCGCGCCGAACUGCUGGAGCAGGCUCUGAGCAAUGCGCAGGGCCGGGCCGCUCGAGCCGAGGGGGAGCUGCGCAAGAAGCAGGCCUACGUGGAGAAGGUGGAGCGGCUGCAGCAGGCCCUGGGGCAGCUGCAGGCGGCCUGUGAGAAGCGGGAGCUGCUGGAGCUCCGUCUGCGGACCCGCCUAGAGCAGGAACUCAAGGCCCUGCGUGCACAGCAGAGACAGGCAGGCCCCCCCACUGGUGGCAGUGGAUCCCCAGAGCUCAGCGCCCUGCGGCUGUCAGAGCAACUGCGGGAGAAGGAGGAGCAAAUCCUGGCGCUGGAGGCGGAUAUGACCAAGUGGGAGCAGAAGUAUUUGGAGGAGCGUGCCAUGAGGCAGUUUGCCAUGGACGCAGCCGCCACAGCCGCGGCCCAGCGCGACACCACCCUCAUCCGCCACUCCCCCCAGCCUUCGCCCAGCAGCAGCUUCAACGAGGGCCUGCUCACUGGCGGCCACAGGCAUCAGGAGAUGGAAAGCAGGUUGAAGGUGCUCCAUGCCCAGAUCCUGGAGAAGGAUGCAGUGAUCAAAGUCCUUCAGCAGCGCUCCAGGAAAGAGCCGGGCAAGGCCACGCAGGGCUCCCUGAGGCCCGCCAAGUCUGUGCCGUCUGUCUUCGUGGCUGCCGCGGCAGGGACCCAGGGCUGGCAAGGUCUUUCCUCUAGUGAGCGACAAGUGGAUGCCCCUGCCCGGCUGGCUACAGCAGACCGGGCCCCCGAGGAGGAGCCAGUGGUCACAGCUCCGCUCCCUGCUCAUGCCAAACACGGGAGCAGAGACGGGAGCACCCAGACCGACGGUCCCCCGGACAGCGCGGCCGCUUGCCUGGGACUGGAUCCCGACAGCCUCCUGGGGUACGGGGGGGGCCAGAGAACGGCCUCACUGGACUCUGUUGCUACAUCCAGAGUCCAGGACUUCUCGGACAUGGUGGAGAUACUGAUCUGAAGGAGGUAGUGCUCGGGGACUCCGAACCAUACCCUGUCUCCUCUGCCCUCUGCUACUCUCAGCCAUUCCAGCAGCCCCUCCAUCUGCUGCUGCCCCGCUUUCCCCACCUAGGCAUUCACUCCCAUUGACCGUCUGGUGCCCGGGGCUUAAGGAUGCUGCAGGGGUGAGGGGGAGCCGUGAGAACGCCUGCAUGCAGAAGACCCUGCUUCUUAGCCCCACAUCCCUCCUGAGCCCAUGCAGAAUGAGGAUCCCCAGGCUUACUGUUGGGGUAGCAACUGGAAACCCAGAAGGGAGCUGAGCCUUCUCGGGACCCCCAGUUGGCACUCAGGCAGGGAGGGAAGGCAUAUAUUGGUUUGGGAGAGUGAUUUCCCAAGAUGGCUGCCCAUGGACCCCAGAUGGGCUGGUUCAGUACAGAGUCGGCCGUGCUGUUCCCCUGUGGCUAAGUGUGGUCCCAGCCCACCUCAUCUGCUCCUCAGCUCCUCACUGCCUCCUUGAGAUUGCUGAGACUUGCAUCUUCAGGGGACUAUUGAGGGUGUUAGUCCUGCAGAAGCCACAGCCUCGCCCCCUCACUUGAAGUGGGUAGGGGCCAUUUAAGUGGACUGGGAUAAGCUGUGCAGUUUGUACAUAACCCACUUUCUUACGGAACAGAAGAUUGAGGCAUGCCGCUUCAGAUUUGUGCCCUCUCUGUUCCCCUGUCCCUGCCACCACGGUUCCUGUAACUGCUGACUAGCCUCCCAGCUCUCUGCCCUUCUCGAGUUCUUGGCCCACGGAUUUUGAUACUGGUUGAUCCACGUGACAUUGGCUGUCUUUUCCUCCACCUUGAGCCUUGUUUUGAAAUGCCCACGGGACCCCUAUCACCAGCCUCUUGACAUGGCUCCACAGCCCCUGUCCCUGGGACAUUCUGUCGGUUUGGUUAUGAACCCUGAGCCAGAUGAAAUGAGCCGCCACAGACAGACAUCUGCCACGGGGGGGCUUCCCAGCACCAAUUCUCUUGAAGGAAACUGGAUAAGUUGCCUUAUUCUCAUCAGAGUCUUCGUUCCCACCUGGAGGGAUUGGGAGAGGGAGCUACGCUGGUGAAAAACUGGUCAAUGAGCUACAAGAUGUGACUCAAAUCGUCUCUGGAUGGAGCCCCCGUCACAAAAUGGCGCCCAUGAGGCUGGCUCCUCAAGCUACCGGCGAGCAGUGCCCGGAAGCAGGGCCAGGGCUUUGGAAUCAGACCUGCCAGCAGCCGUGGCUUCGACUUCGGGUCUUAGAGAGUCCCCCAGCUCAGCCCCAGGACCGAUGGGUGGGUUUUAGUAGUUUGUCUUGACUGUUUUUAGUUCUCCUUGAAUCUUUGUUUUUUCCUUUACUGUUUUUAAGUUCGGUAUGUGUUCUUUUAUUCCCGUGAUUCCUCAAGUUUCCUUUUUAAACAUUUGCAUUUGCUGGACAAUUGCAUAUUUUUUUAAAUCCCUCUACCCUUCUUUAAAGCUGAAAAAUACAUUUGGUUCAUGUGCAUUGUUUACAAAGCAAGAAGAAAAAAAGAAAAAAAGGCAAAAAAAUAUCGUGAAAGAAAAAAAACAACUUAAUAUAUUUUGGAUUAAUAUUUGGUAUUUCUUUUAAAGUAUUUUUUGUGCUGUGAACGUUUUCUGCCAAAGACCAUGAUGUGUGUCUGUAUGUUUAAGUUAUCGUAAAUAUUUAAAAUGUAAACAUGGCUGUUUUGUUAUGCCACCCUGUACCAGGACUGCUGCUGCAUUCCACUGGGUAUAACAGUAUUUUAAUAAAAAAAUAAUAAUAAUUAGAA